AUGGCGAUAGAUGUGACUGGACGGGGGUUUACGCUAACUUUAUUCGUCUUUUUUUGUAUUUUUGCGGGCAGUCAGGCCGAGGCGGGGGUUUCGGAGUCGAGAAGCGUCACUCGGAUACUCGGCAUGAGGUUGGAGAAGAGCGACAGACCGGCGGAGACCACCGAGAGAGGGGUUAUUCAGGUGACCGAGGGCAGCGACAUCCUCUUCAGGUUCUACGGGCUCCACUUGUUCCCAAACAGCUCGACGCUCAUCAGGUUCACGGAACUGUACUCCAGUGAUAAAGAGGACGAUGCUCUCGACGCUAUCAUGGUCUCCUCCAAUAGGACUUGUCCCGAACACACGAAGGAUAUAGUAGUGAAGCCACCCAUGGAGGUAAGCAACCAAAACACCUCUGGGGUGGUCAGCAUCCGGAUAAAGCAGCUCCGCAAGAGCGAGGUGGUGAAGGUGUUCGGCUUGUGCGUCCGCGACACCCAGGAGGAGGAGGAGAAGUGGUACCUGCUGGACGAUAAGGACGGCAGACUGCGGGUGGUGGAGGAGAAGAAGUCCCUGCUGCCCAUCUGGCUGCAGGUGAUCCUCAUCUCCUUCCUGCUGGUGCUGUCCGGCAUGUUCAGCGGGCUCAACCUGGGGCUGAUGGCGCUGGACCCGAUGGAGCUCCGCAUCGUGCAGAGCUGUGGCACCGAGAAGGAGAAGAAGUACGCGCGGAAGAUCGAGCCCAUCCGCAGGAAGGGAAACUACCUGCUGUGCUCGCUGCUUCUCGGCAACGUCCUGGUCAACACCACCCUCACCAUCCUUCUGGACGACCUCACCAACUCCGGUGUCGGCGCUGUGGUCGCCUCCACUAUUGGUAUCGUUAUUUUCGGCGAGAUCGUCCCGCAGGCGCUGUGCUCUCGGCACGGUCUGGCAGUCGGGGCGAACACCAUCCUGGUCACCAAGUUGUUCAUGCUGUUAACUUUCCCUCUGUCGUGGCCCAUCAGCAAGAUCCUGGACUGCGUCCUCGGGCAGGAGAUCGGCACCGUGUACAACCGGGAGAAGCUGGUGGAGAUGCUGAAAGUCACCGAGCCCUACAACGACCUGGUGAAAGAGGAGCUCAACAUGAUCCAAGGCGCGCUGGAGCUCAGGACCAAAACGGUGGAGGAUGUCAUGACUCCACUCAGCAACUGUUUCAUGAUCCACAGCGACGCCGUGUUGGACUUCAACACCAUGUCCGAGAUCAUGGAGAGCGGAUACACGAGGAUACCCGUGUACGAGGACGAGCGGUCCAACAUCGUGGACAUCCUGUUCGUCAAGGACCUGGCCUUCGUGGACCCGGACGACUGCACAACCCUGAAGACCAUCACCAAGUUCUACAACCAUCCGGUCCACUUUGUCUUCCAUGACACCAAGCUGGACUCCAUGCUGGAGGAGUUCAAGAAAGGAAAAUCCCACCUGGCCAUUGUGCAGAAGGUGAACAACGAGGGGGAGGGAGAUCCUUUCUACGAAGUGUUAGGGUUGGUCACCCUUGAGGACGUGAUCGAGGAGAUAAUUAAAUCAGAGAUUCUGGAUGAAUCGGACCUUUACACUGACAACCGCACCAGGAAAAAGGUGGCGCCCAAUAAGAACAAGAGAGACUUCUCAGCCUUCAAACACGAGAGCGAAUCAAAAGUGAAGAUCUCUCCUCAGCUGCUGCUCGCUGCCCAUCGCUUCCUGGCCACAGAGGUGAGCUUGUUCAGCCCGUCUCAGAUCUCAGACAAGGUGCUGCUGCGAAUCCUGCGCCAUCCCGACGUGAUCCAGGAGAUCAAGUUCAACGACAGUGACAAGCGCUCGCCCCAUCACUACGUCUACCAGAGGGGCAAGCCCGUCGACUACUUCGUGCUCAUCCUGCAGGGCCGGGUGGAAGUGGAGGCCGGUAACGAGAACAUGAAGUUUGAGACCGGGCCUUUCUCUUUCUACGGUGUCAUGGCGCUCAGUGCUCCCACAUUGGAGUUUCGUUCGCCGUCACACCUCAGUGGGUUGAACCGAACAGCGUCUCUGAGCGGAGCGGACCGGACCGAGUCUCUCUCCGUCAGCGGCAGCAACAGCCAGCUCAACAACAGCAUCCCCUCGCAGCAGUACACACCCGACUUCUACGUCCGCGCCCUCACCGACCUGCAGUUUGUCAAGAUCACACGGGCUCAGUACCAGAACGGCCUGAUGGCGUCUCGUCUGGACAGCACACCUCAGUCCCCAGAGAGCGGCCACAACGUGGUCCGCCUGGAUCCAACCACUCCCCCCGCCAACACCACCUUCACAGACCUGGGAGCGGACUCCACCCCGACAGAGAACGGACCGGACGAGACGACGCUUCUCCUGCUUAACGAGCAGAACUCACCGCACACACCCAACCACCACAGCCAGCUGGAAAACAGCAUUUGACCCCCCCCCCCCGAUCCUCCGUACUCCUACGUUUGCACGCACGCACUACUACGCUCGGAUGUAUGCUGGGGAGGGGAGGAGUGUGUGCGUGUGUGUGCGUGUGUGUGUGUGUGUGAGUGAAUGGGAAUGCAGACACAUGCCAGGCCCAAAGAGACAAGCCAUGUGUAUGAGUUAAACAAAACACACGUACACACACACAGACAUACCAAAGUGUACUGUGGAAACUUGCCUCCACUUGUCCAUCACAAACAGAAUCACCACAAACACAAAAGUCAUGUAGUUCAUUGAAAGCAACGAAUAUCUGCAUAUGUGUGUGUGUGUGUGUGUG